UGCCCACACGAUCCGAGCUCUCCCUCACACGCCUGCUUUGGCGCCAAUCGGUUGAUCGCGGCACUCUAUUCCCGGCAUGAUUCCUCUUUGUGGCACAGUAAAUGUGUCAUUGCUCGUUAGUCUUGGCUGCAUGUGUUUCUUUCCUGUGACUCUUCUUUCAACGCCCUAGUCCAACAGUUGUCGCUGUCACAUUUUGCACGUCGCUCUAUGGGGAACCUGUCGCGCCUGGGAAACCUCACACCAUUCUCUUCUGCAGGCUGCAACUUGAGCUUCACACUCCGAAGCUCGCAAGCUUGUCGAAUGUGAUAGUUAGGUUUAGUGUAUGCGGGCAGAUAGGCAGGCGGACGUUGAAUGGAGUGAGGACAGGGGUUGAAUUCGGAUGAGCGAAGUCGGUGUGGAAUUUUUCGCUGGAACUCAAUAUUCUCUGGAGCUGAACAUUUGCGAGCAUUCGCACGCAGGUUUGGCUUCGUGUGUCAACAGAGGGAAAUGUCGCGACGGGUCUGGGGUCGACCUGUGGGCGUAACCUGAUUUCGCCAGCUCUCGCACCUUGCAGUUUGCUGGCCUAGUCCCUGUUUCGUCGGCAGCGUUGUGUAACAUCGAUUUCCUAGUUGAUUUUCUUUGAAACGGCUCACCGUGACCUGACCACGUAGACUGCCACGGUUGUCUGUGGCUUGGGAAAGGUGUUGGAUCAGGAGUAUUUGCUUCCAGCCAGAAGGCGGUCUUCGGAGCUGGGAUAGUCCGCGGAAGUGAAUUUCAAGGAGGAUUGUGUUUUUUUUUUUUUUUUUUUUUUUUUUUCUUUUUCGGAAUCCUUACCUUGCGAAAAUGAUAUUGUGGGAAGUGCCGUUGGAAAUCAUCACAUGAAUUUCAUUUAUAUAGGCAUUUAGUUCUUCCAUCUCCGCGGACCAAGGGGCAAGCUAUUUGCGGUUGGCGAACUUUUAGUCAGUCCGAAGUGUAUGCCAGGGUCAGUUAUGGCUGGCUUAUUCUUUCAAUGCAAUCCCAAACUACACCGCAGAGGAAAGACCCCUCUGCAGGCCCGAAGCCCCGCAAGGUCAGACGUGGGCGGAGGGUGGAUUCGAGGCUGUCUAUGUGCAUGGCGUGAUUCUGAUACAGCGUCAAUAUACUCCGACGACCGGGAUGACGCAGACCUAGUUCACCUCGACGGUGUGUUCACGUUUAACCUCGACGCUUUGUUGCGGGCCUCGGCGUAUGUCUUGGGCCAAAGCGGAGUGGGGAUUGUGUACAAAGCAGUCAUUGAUAGUGGUAUAAAUGUGGCUGUACGAAGGCUUGGUGAGGGUGGGGAGCAAAAAUGUAAGGAGUUUGAGGAACUAGUACGCACAAUCCACCAUCUGAAGCAUCCACACGUCGUGCGUCUGCAUUCAUAUUACUGGGCUCCAACUGAGAAAUUGCUGAUCUAUGACUUUCUUCCGAAUGGCAGCUUGGAUACCGCUCUUCAUGGAAGUGCGGAGGGACUACUGACAUGGGAAAGACGACUUCGCAUAUGUAAGGGGGCAUCUCUUGGGAUUGCAUAUAUUCAUGAUUGUAGCCCUCGUAAGCACGUGCAUGGUGGUAUUAAGCCGAGUAACAUUCUCAUAGACAGCAAUUGGGACGCUCGCAUUGCUGACUUCGGAUUACAGCGUUUGUUAAGUCUUGUGGGAGAUGCCCCUCGCAAGGAAGUUCAAAUUAAAAAAGUUGAUUCCCAGAGAGGUUCUACAGUGUCGCCUUCUCCAAUACUUUCUCCUGGUGAGUUGGGACGUGAGCUGGGAAGAAGAAUCUCGAGAAGAAAAUCAUCUAGUCAAAGUGCAGAAAUGGUGGCACCGCACUUGCUGGGGCUGUACCAAGCACCAGAGACGGCAACUGCGAAAAAACCAAGCCAGAAGAGUGAUGUAUAUUCCUUUGGAGUUGUACUGCUUGAAAUACUAACUGGAAGGUCAGCCUUCGCCCAACUGGCUUCAGGCGAACUAGAUCUUGUCACGUGGACUAAGCUGGCACUUCAGGAGAAGAGACCUUUUACCGAAAUUUUUGAUCCUUACUUGGUGAAAGGCAACGUGGACAAGUGCGAGUUGAUCGAAACUCUUCAGGUGUCUUUGAGCUGCACAGCAAUGAACCCUGACUUACGGCCCAAGAUGAGGCACGUCGCAAAUUUCUUCAUGCAUCUUUGAGUAUCCUCAUACAAUUGGUCUUUCAUCAUCCUUACCAAGUUAACAACGAUCUCAAGAGGAGAUGACCUCAAUGAGCCUUCUGAUAUUUGCUAUUGCGUUGGAUUAAACGCCAAAUCAUUCGAGAGAUGGAAAAGCUGGUGGAGUUUUCCUUUUGGGGCACUCUUUGUUCAAGAGAAUGAAGUGCGACGAUUUACAACUUGGUGGCGAACCGCGGAGGACAGGGAUGAUAUAUUCAUCGUCAUGAGCUGCUACUAAGCAUCGCUUCUUAAGUACUGAGGGAUUCGUCUUGUACCGUAUGUAAGAAAGUCUGCCUCUCUCUCUGAAACUCCUUGCACAUUGUGCAACCUUGUUAUUUAUACAGCAAAAGAGUCAGUUGCUCGAGGGUGUGAAUUAGUUCUUAACGAGUAUCAGCAGUACAUUGUGCAUAAUACCGAACAGAUGGGUGCAAAGCUUCUAUUGAAGCUACAGCACAAUCCGAAGCUGUUGUGUUGAAUGUAAUAUGCACCUGAUAACUCAGCAGUCAUUGUACGACUCUUAGGUAGUUUUUCGUAUUACUUGUAUCAUGCAUUAUCAUUAAUUUUUUUCUUUUUCUGUGCUA